UUCCUUGCUUCCUUGCUUCCUUGCUUCCCUUUGCAGACACACAGAGAGAGACGUCCAGGCGCCUAGUCCAAAGAGCCAGCCUUCCCGAGGACCCUUUCGCAAGACCCCCAAAACGCACAGGAACGCUGCUGAUGUGCCGGAAGCCCCCUUGGCGCCCGAGCCCUCAUCCAGGGAAUGCCUUUCCUCUCGGUCCGGCGGGGUCCUUGGCUGUCCGGUUGUCCUGAGCCGCCGAGCCGGCCUUUGGGGCGCCCUUUGGCCUUCCUCCGACUGCGAUGGCGGCCAAGUGGUUCAAGGAGUUCCCCUCCAACCUGAAGACGGCGGCUUCCGAGCGCGCCAAGCCGGGCAGCGCCAACCUGGGCAAGCUCUGCAGCGCCUCGCGGAAGGGGCCCGGCCCCUCCGAAUUGGGGGCCACGUCUUCCUUGAGCGGCGGGAAGAACCGCAAGAACUCGGCCAGCGACCUGGGCAACCUGCGGGCAAGCGUGCCAGGGCCGGGCAAGGAGGGCAAGCUGUCCAGGGACAACCUCCAAGGGCUGCUCCAUGCUGCCGCGGGGAAGAUGCGCAAGAACUCCCGGGUGGACGGGGCCCCACCGGAGGAGCCCAAGGCCCCCAAAGGCGGAGGCAGCGGUGUCGGGAGUGCCAACUGCGGGACUUACAUCAACCGGCUCAUCAAAGUGGACGCCCACGACGGGAAGAACUACGCCGGGAACACACCAGUUCCAGAGGCCAAGCCAGAGACGGUCAUCAUUUUGGAGGAUUACGCCGACCCGUUUGAUGCCAAGCGGACCAAGGGUCAGCGGGAGGCCGAGCGGCUGGGCGAGAACGACGGCUACAUGGAGCCCUACGACGCACAGCAGAUGAUCACAGAGAUCCGGCGGCGUGGCUCCAAGGACCCCGUGGCCAAGGGGCCCCUGCUGCGGGAGGAGGGGCCGGACCCCCGGGCGCCCCCGCUCUAUGACAGCCCCUUUGAGGGGCCCCCGGCCGAGAAGAAGGACGACCGCCCCCCCGCCGAGUACGAGCAGCCCUGGGAGUGGAAGAAGGAGCAGAUCGCCAAGGCCCUCUCCGUCCAGUUUGAGGGGUCAGAGGAGACAGGCCCCCCACCAUCGGAGGAGCCCCUCCGGCCCCAGCACCACCGGCAGCGCAGCUGUCCCUCCCGGAUGGUCAAGCCGGGCACCGAACCCGGGUCCGAAGCGGAGCCCAAGGUGGACCUGGCCCUGGCCCUGGAGAAGCAGCCGUGGUUCCACGGGGCCAUCACCCGAGCGGAGGCCGAGAGCCGGCUGCAGCCGUGCCCAGAGGCGGGGUACCUCGUGCGGACCAGCGAGACCGGGCCCAGCAAGUACUCCAUCGCCCUCAAGACGAGCCAGGGCUGCGUGCACAUCCUGGUGGGCCAGACCAAGGGCCACCGCUUCACCUUGGGGCCCAACGGGGGGUCCGGGCUCUCCUUCCCCAGCCUCCCCGAGGUCGUGCGCCACUACGCGGCCGAGAAGCUGCCCUUCAAGGGGGCCGAGCACAUGACCCUACGCUUCCCCGUCCCGGCCAAGGGACACUAGCCCAGCGGGGUGGACGGACUGCGCCACCGCAUCAGGAGACCCCAGGCGACCCCAAGGGACCCCAGGUGUGACCCCUUCCAUACAAACACCGCCUCUUGCAACCCAAGCUGCUUACGUCCCAUCCCAGGAUGCAAGGGUCAGAGGUUGAAUUCGGAUCUUCUCGCUGGACAGCCUUGUUGACGGCCUCCCCAAAGACAACAACAACAACCACAAUCACAACCACAACCACAACCAUACAAACACCGCCUCUUGCAACCCAAGCUGCUUACGUCCCAUCCCAGGAUGCAAGGGUCAGAGGUUGAAUUCGGAUCUUCUCGCUGGACAGCCUUGUUGACGGCCUCCCCAAAGACAACAACAACAACCACAAUCACAACCACAACCACAACCAUACAAACACCGCCUCUUGCAACCCAAGCUGCUUACGUCCCAUCCCAGGAUGCAAGGGUCAGAGGUUGAAUUCGGAUCUUCUCGCUGGACAGCCUUGUUGACGGCCUCCCCAAAGACAACAACAACAACCACAAUCACAACCACAACCACAACCAUACAAACACCGCCUCUUGCAACCCAAGCUGCUUACGUCCUAUCCGAAGAUGCAAGGGUCAGAGGUCGAAUUCGGAUCUUCUCGCUGGACAGCCUUGUUUAUGGCCUCCCCAAAGACGACGACGACAACAACAACAACAACAAACAACAAACUUUCCUUCCAGAAACAAAAUGGCAAAAGGAUGCAAGGGUCAGAGGUCGAAUUCGGAUCCUCUCGCUGGACAGCCUUGUUGACGGCCUCCCCAAAGACAACAACAACAACCACAACAACAACAACAACAAAUUUCCUUCCAGAAACAAAAUGGCAAACAUUCAAUGCCGUGUGUCAUAUCAACGUAAACAAAACAAAAUAAACAAUUGGAAUAAACAGAUUCUGUCCAGCCUCUUUUUGAAGCCCUCCACCCUCUAGUUCAAGACACAAUCUGAUCCCUCCUGAUAGAUGGCCAUCCUGCCUCAGUUUAAAGCUUCCAGAGAAGGAGACUGGAAGAAAUGGUGCAAAAACGACCUGGGCUUGCAAAAUAUAUAUAGAGGAGAACAUGGCUUGCAAUGCCCAGCCUUGCUUAAUUUGCAAACUACUCUGGAAGUUGCACAAACUUCUCCAAAAUUAAAUAACUUUUGAAUUCUG